UGUGUGUGUGUGUGUGUGUGUGUGUGUGUGUGUGUGUGUGUGUGUGUGUGUGUGUGUGUGUUUCAUGGUUAUAGUCAGUGUAAUUGGCAACAGGUCCAGCUGUCUCUCCCACGCUUCCCUAAUUGUCCCUUGGUCUGUACUGUCCUGUCAGCUGCAGCUUGCCUCUGCCUUAGAAAAUCAGAGGAGGAGAACGAAGGAAGAGCAGGCAGCUGCAGGAGGCGAGGGGUUGGACACAAACCAUUACACUGAGAGCAAAGAGGGAUAAAGAUGAUGGCUUCAGCUGGAAGAAGUGCUACUCUUGCCAUCUGAUUUUGGAAGGUGGGGAGUAAAAGCGGACACAAUUAACCAAAUUUGCUGACUAGUAUAUCGUGAACAUAAGUGCUUGGGGCACAGACAGUCAGUGGAUCAAGGGUUUUCACCUGUCUUCUGCUAACUAUAUAUAUUUUUGGUCCGAUCCAAUCUAUCUCAUGAAUACAUGACCUCUAGUUGCGCACAAACUCGUGCGCAUUAUAUGAAAUUGAACACUGGUCGUUGUUUGUCUUUGUGUGCUUUGAAAUGAGUCAUGAGAUGCAUGCUGACCAUCUCCUGCCUUGGCAUACAUUUAUUGUAGUUCAAGUGAAUACGCUUUGUGAUGUACUGAAUCGUGUCCAUACAAUUUCAGCUGUUAUGUUUGUUUGCAUUGCAUGCUCUGAGUCCAAUGUAAGCCUGAUGAACAAUUGUGUUUGGCAUAAGGUUUCAUUUUUUGUUUCUGUCCAUUAGAAGUGUGCAGAUGCUGCUGGUAGAAUCAUCCCAGCAUGCAUUGCAGUGUUCUUGGUUCACCUAAAAGUUUGAGCUCAAAGUAGAAGCUUUACUGUUUCAUUUAUUUGAAGUCACAACCUUUAAGAAAUUCAACAAACUAAACACAAAAUUAGAACUUCUUGUAAUCCUCAAGGUAAUUUACAAUGUGUUUGAUAUACUACUCUUAAUAAUGGUAAACUUACAUUUUACAUAAUGUUUGGAAGGAAUUAAAAUUGACGCACUGUAAACAAAGACAUUUAAUUUUUAAUAAUUAUUUUUACAGUUUUGUCAUCACUUGGUGCAAUGCAUUUUAUGGUCUGUUCACACUGGAGUACUGAGUACUGUGCAACAAACUCAUGGCCAUUUGCUUAUUUUGAGGAUAAAAGCAGGACUGAUGGAUAUUUUUGUAAUGAUCUAUGAUAUCUUGCAAUGAUAUUUGUUUGUUAUUUGGGCUCUGGCAUUUAAAGCGGUGCAAGGACCCUAUUGGAAUGCAAAGACUCAUUUGAAGUUCAGGCCUGGGCUGAUCUACAUGCUGCUAUUCAACCAUACUCAGCCCCAUCUGCUGGCAAUAUGACAUGCUCUACACUUUUACCCCUCUUAGUAAUACGAAAAUAUACACAUUUAUCAAAUGUGGUCAGACUAGCCUGAAAAAACUUGACGAUGCUGUAUUCCAUAGAUAAACAGAUCUACAAAUCAGGAUUCCAUUAAAGUCAAAUUUUCAUCUUCUGGAAAGAGGUAGUUUGACCUACAAUGUUCAAUCUGCUCAACAUUCUUACUUCAUGUUUGGUCAGAGUCUUGGCUUGGGCAGAUGUACUUAUUAAAGUGUGGUCAUACCAUAGACUAUCUUCUAACUGCUGAACUAACACCAUUUAUUUGUACCAGGUUGUAAACAUGCUUGUUUUUACUAUAAAGAUUGGCUUUUUUGAAUUGGUGUGAAUUUUGUCUCCGGUACGUCCAGAGCCAUCUGCAAGCGGACAAUCGAGGAACUGCAGUUUUUAGCACUUACCGCUUGGGUCAUGUUCAAGGUGCCACCUAUUGGUGAAAGCCAGUACUAACUCCUGUAUACAGUGUUUGGAUUGUACGAUCUGCUCCAAAUUUUGCUAGAAUUUUGAUCGGCCACUGAAUGCCAUCCAGCAGGAGUCUGAGCUCUUGUGGCCAGUAUAUCCGUUCAUCCGUACCUCUGAGCUGUGUUGCUGUCUGUUUGUCGAGCUGCUGCUGCUGCUGCUGAGCAUGUGCUUGACUGCUCCUCUGGACAGAAGGGAAGCUUCCCACCAGAACACAGACUGCGGGCAUGGACCGCUAAGCGCACGACUUCGACACAAGAGUGCUGUCACCCCGCUGUUCUUCAUCCCUGCAUCAUGGACGCUCAGCCUGGUGCAUCAUGGGAGCUCAUCAAAAGACUGACAGAUACAAUAUAUGAGGGCUAAGAGGUCGUCAUGGAGACUGACAGCUACAACACAGGUCCCACCACCACUGGUUGGGAUGGGUCGAUGGCCGGCCUGGAGGGAGUGGGAGUCCCUCAGGAGCAGGGAGGAGGGGGCUCUUCCAGCAGCACUGCAUCCUGGUACAUGCCGUACUCUUUGGGUUUUCAGGUCUCCCUCACCGCCUUCCUCAUGCUGGAGCUGGUGUUGGGUUUCAGCAGCAACCUGACCGUACUGGUGCUCUACUGCUCUCAAUCAAACUUGGUGGACUCUGUGAGCAACAUGGUGACGGUGAAUCUGCACGUGCUGGAUGUGGCGGUGUGUGUGCUGUGUCUGCCCCUCACUCUGGUGGUCGUGCUGCUUCCUCCAGGACCAAACCUGGCCCUGCUCUGCUGCUUCCACGAGGCCUGUGUCACUUUUGCCAGCAUAGCCACAGCCAUCAACAUCCUCGUCAUCAGUUUGGAUCGGUAUGACAUUUCAGUGCGGCCCGCUAACAGGCUGCUGACUACACGAAGAGCAACACUGCUCCUGGCUGCUGUUUGGGUCACCUCUGUGGCUGUGUUCUUCAUACCUUUCUUGGAGGUGCAGUGGUCCAGUGAAGAUGGACCAGGAGAGAAAGAACAGGAGACACUUCAGUCUCUUCAUGGCUUCAGUUCCACAGUGGUGCCAGAGUGGCGUAACCGGACUCUGCUGUGUGUUGGCGGACAGGGAUACCACACAGGCCUGGGCAUGUAUUACCAUCUCCUCCUACAGGUACCUAUUUUCUUUACCACAGUAGCGGUCAUGCUAUUCACCUAUUCAAAAAUACUGAGGGCUUUAAACAUACGGAUUGGCUCCCACAUGAAAAAGAACCAGCGGUUCAAAGCCCCCCCCUGCAAGGGCCGCCACAAGAAACAGAAAAAAAAGAAGGCAGAGUUCAGAAUGAAUGGUGAGGAAGUAGGAGGGGAGCAGUGCACCUUGGAUGGUACCAAACAGCUCAGCCAUCCACCACUCAUCCCCUCACCAUCCCCCACCCCCACAGCUACCUCCCCUCCUGCCCUGUCCUCUACCGCCCCACUGGUAACCUCAGACUUAGGGGCUGCCACCCCUUUGCCUGCCAACAUAGGCGUCCAUGCCUCUGUGUCAGCCAUCAUUGCCUUGAGGCGGGCAGUGCGCCGGCACAGGGAUCGGAGAGAGCGGCAAAGGCGGGUGUUCAGGAUGUCCCUCAUCAUUAUCACCACCUUCCUUGGUUGUUGGGCUCCCCUCUCUGCAACAAACGUACUGAUCCUGGGCUUAGGCCCCAGUGACACCCUGGUCAGUGUACGACUCUGGUUCUUAGCACUGGCCUAUGGCACCACCGUGUCCCACCCUCUGCUCUAUGCCUUCACCCGACAGAAGCUGCGUCGUGCCCUUCGUUCAAAGGUUAAGAAGAGGGUGGUCUCCCUGCUGCAGGUGGAUCCCUCACCAGGGGCCACAGUCAUACACAACUCCUGGGUGGAGAACAGAAAAACCAGCCGGCAGGUGCGACUGGAAGCAAGUGAAGGGACUGACCGCUGCCUGGCAGAGGUCCUGUGAGACUGACACACAUGAGCACAGCUAGUAUAAUUAAAAAGCAGAGUUGAGCCACAGGUGUGUUCCAUUAUAAAACCCACUGGUGCAUGAAGCCAGUGUAAGGAAUGUGAACAACACAUUUCUACCUCUGGGAGAUGUUUUAAUAAAACCAGCAGCAAGUUAAUGCUAAACAAAGCUAACAUACACCUCAGGCAGCAGUUAGGCGGGGAGCUGUUAUCACUGUGGUGAGCACAGCCUCUCAAUAUGAAGACGAUUAUACAAGAACAAACACACAAGUGUAAAUAGUUUGCACUCUGUCAUAUAGUGGUGUGUUUACAUAUGGAGUUGUAUGGAGAGCAUUCUCAUAGUGGUGCUUAUGUAACAACUCCACAGAACGUGUUUAGUUUGCUGGUGAUGUGAUCUGCAACAGACUCAAGUGCUCCGAGGAAGCUUUAUAGACAUUUUGAUACACUUAUCGUCUUUAGAAACACUUCUUUGAAUGUGUUAAAUAUAGUCUCUGCCUUAAUACUGCUUUGAACGCUGUGCUAGAUGUCAGUUUGUGUAUCCAGAACUUAAACAUGAACAUGUUGGAUCCACCACAGUGAGUACUACAUUAAAUAAGACGAGAUGUAAAUGUGUCAGGGUUUAAGAGGCUGUGUCCAAAGAGAGAAGGGGAGGAACAAGUCAUAAACAAUUAUAGGAUAAACUGAAAUGUUGCUUUGAAGAAGCUCAGAUUAAAAAAAUUCAAUGCCAGUGUCGAUACAAAAUCUUGCUUAGGUCCUUCAAAGAGAGGCAACCUUUUUGCUCCCUAAUCUGUAGAAUGAUCCCAAAUCAAGCUAGUGUUUUGCAUCACUACUUUUAAAGAAUUAGUUUUACAUUUGGCUCAUUUACUUUCUCGAAGAAGAUUCAAUCAGAAGACUAGUAUCACUUCCAUGUCUCUAUUGCAAAUAGAAUCAUGGUUCAAUAGCUUAGCUUAGCUUAGCUUAGCUUAGCUUAGAGUAAGACUGAAAACCAGAGGACAACAGCUAACUCAGCUCUGUAUAAAACCCCCUACCCUAAACUCCUGUUAAGACACACAGGAGUAUAAAAAUAGAUCAAAUAUUUCCUUUGACAAAGUUACUCUAAUUGUCUCCCUCUGUUUCAACCUUUUAUGCUAGGCAAAGUGUUGAGUGGCUCUCUGUUGUAGUGCCUUAUUCAGCUUACAGACAUGAGAGUGCUAUAAAACUUCUGAUCUAAAUCUUUGAAAGUAAGUAAAAAACGGUCUCUCCCAAAAUGUCUGCCUACUUCUUUAAAGCAUUAGAAAUAUGUUGUAUGGACAAAUAAAUGUCAACCAAAGUAUGGUACAGUCAUCUGAAGUGGUGAGUUUGAAGGAUUAUUUGAAUCGGACACGAGACAGAAGGAAUUUCAGGAACACAUUUUAUUAUCAUUCAUCACCAAAAGACACAAUUUCAAUAUGAUCAAGUUUAAUCAAAAUACUCUCAAAAACUAUUGAACCCCCACUGCCUCUUGAUAAAUGGUAUUUAUUGCACUGGUCUGUUGUUUUGAAGAAGUCUUUGUGGUUUAUUUUGGGGCUUGUGCUGAAAGCAUGCUGUUCCACUUUAAAAAAUAUAUCUAUAUGCUGUAAAUGUUGACCAGAUGUAUAUUUACUAUAUAAAAUAUCUACUGUUCAAGCCAAUUGGUCUGUUAUGGUUGGUCCCAUGAGUCAACUAAACCUUGGUAUCCUGUGAACACACGGAAGAAUCUCCAGCUGCUCACUGACAGAAAAGUGGGAUUAUUUACAGUCUAGUGUUUGUUGUUGACUUUGCUCUACCUGGUUGUAAAUUCACUGCUUUCAUUAUGUACUAAAGUGAGACUCAUUUCAGAGGAAAUGUAAUUUUAAUCUCACUUAACCUACACAAACACUCUCACACACACAACUUAAGCAUUUUUGAAUGUUAACACCUUGAAGAGAUACAUUAUACUGUAUCUAAUGUCCACUUACAUGUUAUCUUUUGGAUUUACUUCCUGGUGUUGUUUUUUGUGAAUGUAUCACCAUUCAACGUUGAUGUAUAUAAAUAAAUAUGGAAAACUGAGAA